AUGUCAAGCGACGAGACGAAGAAACGGAAGAAGGGGGUUGCCGGGGGGAGUUCCGGCAAUGCCAAAAUCUUUGUGGAUAAAGAUGCUAAGAAGAGGUAUGAUACAUUUAUUGUUAAACGUCCUUUGUUAAUUGAGCGUGGUGUUUACCUUGAUGAGUUAGUAGGUAGUGUGGAUUGCCCUAAAAUGCUUCGGGCUCGGAAAUGGGAUCCUCUGUUUGAUGUGAUUGUGAAAGUUAAAGCAUAUAUUGAUCUCGUUAAGUUUUUUUAUGCAAAUGUUCAUGAUUUCAAGGAGAAUGAGCUGACAUUUAAUUCAUUGGUUCCCAAAAUGACGACAUUUAUUCGAGGUAUUUGUAUUGGGAGUGUCCCUUGGGAGAAUGAAAAAUGCAAAAUUGCUCACAUUGACCUUACUUCAACGUAUAAGAUGUUAAACCGAAUUCUUGCAUAUAAUAUACAUCUGAGGCGGCAUACUGUUGAGAUUGGAUACAAUACGACCCAAUUAUUAUAUGCUAUUGGUGAACGUGGGAUUUUUAUUGAUCUACCCCUUUACAUAUUCAACCAUGUUCACGAAGCAUCUACUGUUGAGGAUUGCAGGCUAUGUCUUCCAUUUUCAAUAUUAAUUUUCAAGAUUUUGAAGCAUAGUGGGUUUGAAUUUCAGCGUAAUUGCAGUUUUAUGUGCCCCAUGAAUGCAAUGGGUAUGGGUACACUUAAUAAAAGUGUUGGAGCUAUUUUGGGUGUGAAACGGGCCAAGUGUGUGAAGCAGCCAUCAACGGUGUCUCAGGUUGUGGUUAGUGAAGGUGGGACUAGUCAAGGUGGUUCUGAUGUUAGUACUAGUGAGGGUAGACAAACACUUCAGCAAAUGGUUGAAAAGUUGGAGGCCCAAUUUGAAAAGUUCGAGGAUGAAACGAAGGGGUCGUUACAACGUCUAGAGUCAAAAUUAGAUUGUUUUUAUAAAGACUUUAAAGAGUACAUCAAUAAUGACACAUUGGUUUUGUGUUUUUUUGGUGAAUCUUUUGUUGUAUAG